AAGAAAGAAAGAGAGAGUGUUUGCCUCGCCAUGGAGAGCUACGACGGUUACUCAGCAACGCACGAGCAUCCAGAUCCCUUCAUUCAUGACCUGAAGCUGACCAGGGCGCAGAGGAUCAAGGGCAUCAUCCUGGGCAGCAUCCUCUUCCCUCUACGCGUGAUCCUGGCGGCUCUUUGCUUCCUCAUCAUGUGGCCUCUUGCCCGGCUACGAUUGGCCGGCCUGCCUGAGGAGGAACGCUCUCGGCCCGUCAAGGGCUGGCGGCUCUGGCUCCUCCACCCGAUGCUGUUGUGGCUGAGCCGAGCUGCCUUCUUCUUUUUGGGCUUUCUGUGGGUGAAGGUCAAAGGUCGCAGGGCAGACCUGAAGGAGGCACCGGUGCUGGUGGUGGCACCUCACAGCAGCUUUCUGGACAUGAUGGUUCUGUGUCAAACCCAGCUGGCAACGGUGGUGUCGCGGUCGGAGAACACCAGCCUGCCAGUCAUAGGAGCUCUGCUGGAGUUCAACCAGUCUGUGCUGGUGAGCAGGAAGGAUCCACAGUCGAGGAAAAAGGCAGUCGCGCAGGUCAAAGAGAGGCUGACCUCCAAUGGCUACUGGCCUCAGAUGCUGAUGUUUCCUGAGGGAACCACGACCAACGGGAGCGCUCUCAUCAAAUUCAAGCCUGGUGCCUUCCUUGCCGGAGUCCCAGUCCAACCUGUUCUGUUGCGUUACCCAAAUGAGCUGGAUACUACUCGCUGGACAUACAAAGGAACAAGCUGGCUUGAGGCACUGUGGUACACGACUUCACAGUUCUACACCAACAUGACUAUUGAGUUCCUGCCAGUCUACAGUCCUUCCCAGGAGGAGAAGGACGACCCCGACCUUUACGCAGACAAUGUUCAGAAACUCAUGGCCAAGGCCCUCAGAGUACCAGCUACAGAUUAUGUGAUGGAGGGCCGAGUUCCUGUCAACAAAGUGGGUGGUCUCUCGCUCCCACUGGUGUCGCCUGCCAGGGAAACACUCUCGCUGUUACGCAGAAACGGUCUGGGAGCGCGUGACGUGGAAGCAGCACUGGAGAGAAUGAUUGACAGGUGUCAGUCAGGAGCUCAGGGGUCAAAGGCCAGUGCAGAGGAGCUCGCCUCUAUUCUCCGACUCACGGAUAAACAGACAGCCGUCACUAUCUGUGGCCUCUUCUCCAGGGAUGAGACUGUGGACCUCAGGCAGAUCUAUGUGAGUGUUGCUGCUGUGUUGGGAUUUGUCAGCUUCAAGUCUCUGCUGCACACUGCUGUUGCUCUGUUUGACGGAGAGGGCAGAGGCAGUCUGAGUGCGGAGGAGCUGUCCGGCCUCAUGGGGGCGCUGCUGGGCGUUCCUCAGCACCACACUGCUGAGCUUUACGCUCUGGCCUCAAAUCAAGAACAGCUUACUGAGGAAAAUCUGCUGCAAGUGCUGACAAGCCACCCGACCUAUCAGAAAGCACUGAGCAAGUACAUCCCGUCCGUCCCGCUGGCCAAUGGGAAGGCUGUGAACAAAAACGGAAACGUGCACAACAGCAACGGACACCUCCACUACAAGGAAAAGUUUGAGUGAGGAUUUGUUUUCUACAGGAUGUUCAGUCAAGUUUGUGAUACUGAUCAUUCUUGAGUGCGGCAACUGGACAAAGUGAACCAGAAUAAUCGUUGGCAGAGGGUUGUAUUUUUUUAAGAGGUGUGUGUGUGUUUAGUAUGUAUUUCUGUAACAAACAGUCAGCCAUGCUAACAUUAGAAAACCAAAGAAUGACUUAAAUUAUGACUCCAUUGGCUCUCUGAGGUGUGUGUGUGUGUUGUGAAUUUGAGGACUUGUUCUUGUUUACUAGUGUACCUUUUUUAAUUACCUUUAAAAAAUGUUGUUCACGUAAAUGUCAUUUGAUGUCUUAAAAUGUCUUAUUUAUACAAUUCCCAUUCCCUCAUAUGUAUUUUGAAGGUUAUGUUGUUGUUGUUGUUGUGUUUUUUUUUGUUUUUUUAACAGGACACUAGUAUGUGCAAAAAUAAACAAAACGCACUGUAAAGGAAAACGUUUUAUUUUAUGUAAAAUAAUCAUUUUUACAUGUUUUGUGAAUAUUGUUUCUAUUUAAUAUUAAUUAAAGUGAAUUAUUUAAAGGAG